CGGUGCUGUGUAGCUAAUGAGUGCUAGCUUGUCGUUUAGCCGCUCGGCGGGUUUCCGAGCGUUUCUGUGGCUUUUCACGGGACUUUAGAGCAUCAGAAACAGGUCAGAGGUGAAAGUCCACCGCAGCUCUGAGUCCCAGCCUGAAAACACGCCACUGAAGUCAUGACCAAACACGAGUUUGAGGUGGAGAUGACCUGUGAGGGAUGUUCUGGAGCUGUAACCAGAGUCCUCAAUAAACUGGGAGAUGUGAAGUUUGAAAUCGACCUGCCGAAGAAGCUGGUGUGGAUCGAGUCGGACCGAGACGUUGACGUCCUCCUGGAGACGCUGAAGAAAUGUGGGAAGGAGGUGAAAUACAACGGCACCAAGUGAAGGAGGUCAGAUGGAGAUUUUUCCUGGAUUCUGUCCGAGCGGUACGGAGCAGCCCGACCGAGGUCACGUUAACAGAAAACCACCUCAACAUGUUUUUAUAUGAUGAAAUGACACAUAAACUAACUGGAAGUGAAAUCAGAGGUGAUCAGGUGUUUGUCUUUCUUUUCUCGUUCGACCCUGCGUCAGUAUUACUUUCUGUAAUGGUUGAUUUCAUGAAGCUGGAAAAGCAAAAGUAAAACUUCUCAUACUUCAGACACAGAAACUCCUUCAAGUUUCAGUUUUGUUACGAGAAUCAGAAUCACACUGUAGAGAUAGAAAUGAUCUUGAUAGAAUGUGAGAAGUACUUGAAAUCUGCUCAUCUCUAUAUUUCAUCUUCAAACUUCACGAGACACUAAAAAUCAUUAAAUUUCUUACUUUAAAGAAUUUCACUCUUUUUUUAUUUGUGUUGUAAACAGUCUUAGCGCUUAGUGAACAUGCACCCAAAAAUAAAGAGAUCAAUAAAGAACA